AUGAGUACCCUGAGUUGGAACUGUCGUGGCUUGGGCAAUCCACGCACAGUUCGUGAAGUUGUGGACCUCGUGUCCCGUAAGAAGCCCGAGUUUGUUUUUCUGAUGGAGACUAAGGCGGCACGGAUUCAUGCAGAGCGGCUCCGUGUCAGGCUUGGUUUCGAAGGCUUGUUCUAUGUAGAUAGUGUUGGGAGGAGUGGUGGUUUGGCGCUGUUGUGGAGGAAAAAUAAUACAACUAGGUUACUAAGUUUCUCAAGGAAUCACGUGGAUAUAGAGGUGUCUGUGGCAGGGUUGGGGGCCUGGAGAAUGACUGGUUUCUAUGGCUUUUCGGAGCGAGGAAGGAGGAGUGGGUCGUGGGACUUGUUGAGAACCCUUGCAGGCAGGUCUGAUCUUCCAUGGGUGGUUAUAGGUGAUUUUAAUGAUCUAUUAUCCCAAUCUGAGAAGCGUGGGGGCAAUCCGCAUCCUGAUAAUCUGCUCCGCGGCUUCGGGGAGGUGGUGGAAGACUGCGGUUUGGCUCAACUACCCAUGGGGUUAUCAGUAUACUUGGGAGAGGGGAAAGGGAACAUCGGAUUGGAUAGAGGAGAGAUCAUUCGGCUCUCCUUUUGGGAGUUAAGGAUGAGGGGCGACAGUACCAUGGUCUGCGUCGGUCUUUCAAGUUUGAGAUGGCAUGGGUUCAUGAGUAGGGGUGUAGAAAACAGGUGGUGGAAGCCUGGCAGGAAGGCAGACAUGCUGGUUUUCUUGGUUGUCUGCAGCUCUGUGGUGAGAGGGGAAUAUCAGCGCCUUGAGACAGAGUUGUGUCAGGUAGAGGCACAGGAGGAUGCAUUCUGGAGACAGAGGGCGAAGCAGCAUUGGUUGAGGGAUGCGGAUGCCAACACCAAAUUCUUUCACAGGUAUGCCUCUACCCGUAAGAAGAAGAAUACCCUCUCUAGAUUAAAGAAUGCAUCUGAUGUGUGGGUGGAGGGGGAGGGUUUGAAUGCUGUUGUGCUUGACUAUUUUAAUGAUAUUUUUGCAUCAAAUCACUCUUCUGCUUCUAUGGAUAUUUUUGCUGCGUCUGUUGUUCCACGUGUCACCCAUGACCAGAAUAACUCCCUUUUGCGUCCUUUUGAGCCGGAGGAGGUGAAAGCUACCCUCUUUUCUAUGUUUCCUGAUAAAGCUGCAGGGUCAGAUGGCAUGAACCCUGGGUUUUAUCAGCAUUAUUGGGAUGUGGUAGGAUCCGAUGUCUCUUCUUUUGUGAUCAAAUGUCUCAAUGAAUGUACCAUGCCCGAUGGUCUCAAUGAUACCAAUGUGGUGCUCAUUCCUAAGAUGUCCUGUCCAGAGAAGGUGUCUGAUUUCCGACCAAUUGCUCUGUGCAAUGUGGUUUACAAAAUUAUGGCUAAGAUGGUGGCUAACAGGAUGAAACCACUACUAGGAAUCAGAUUCUCAGAGUGCAUUUAUUCCAAACAGGCUCAUUACGGAUAA